CCUCUUUCUUAAUUGAUUCAAAUAUUUUUCUCCACACAACGCGCUGAGAGAGAAUGGAGUUUGAGUUUAAAUGGGGUUCGGUAUGAGGCUCGGAGCUACGUAGCUGUAUAGUUCUACCAAUUACAAAUUCCACUCAAAGUAGCAGUUUUUUCCUUUGUGUUUGUAUAAAGCAAAAAAUAAAGCGCUUUUCUUGCAUUUCGUGGGCAUAGAUAGAGGUGAGGUGAGGUGAGUUGGGGAAAAAAAGCAGAAAAAAGGGUAGUCUAUAACACACCACCACCACUACUACUACUAGUUUAUAGUUUAUACAAGAAGAAGAUUUCAGAAAGAGAUUGUAUCUUUAUUUACUUGUAUGUCAUUUCUGAGCUCUAUUCUACUUUUUCAAUCAGUUUAGAUCUUGUUCUGAGCUCUGAAUCCUAAAUCUUGGGUUCUUUGUAAGAAUUUACUACUUGGGUUUUUGUUAUUUGGGAGAAUUACUAAGUGGGGUUGUGUUGGUUUUUUGGAAUUUUGAUGUUUGAUCCCUCAUUCUUGGGUUUUUCAAGCAAUUUAUUACUUGGGUUUUUUGGGAAUUUGGAUGUCUGGCUCAUCAUUCUUGAGUUAUUUGGGAGAAUUUAGUACUUGGGGUUUUGUUGUAUUUUUGGGAUUUUGAUGUCUGGCUUCUCAUUUUGGUUCUUUCUUGAGAAUUACUAAGUGGGGUUGUGUUGGUUCUUGAGGAAGUUUGAGGAUUUUGAUGUUUAGGAAUUUGUUGUUACAAAGAUAAAGGUGUAUUCUUUAGCUGUUUGAGCGAGAAAAUGGCGGCUGAUGGAGCAUUGUCUUUCUCGGUGACGUCUGUGGUAGAAGAUGUUCUUCAGCAGCAUGGGAACAACAGCCAAUCAAGAUCAAGAAAUCUUGAUUUAGAUGCCCGUAAAGCAGAAGAAGCUGCAAUAAGGAGGCAUGAUGCAGCUGCGUGGAUAAGAAAGAUAGUUGGAAUUGUGGGAGCUAAAAGUUUGCCAGCUGAACCAUCUGAGGAGGAGUUCAGGCUUGGUUUAAGGAGUGGAAUGAUCCUUUGCAAUGUACUCAAUAAAAUCCAACCUGGAGCUGUGCCCAAGGUUGUUGAAAGUUCAUGUGACUCUGCAAUUAACUCAGAUGGAGCUGCCUUGUUUGCAUACCAGUACUUUGAGAAUGUCAGAAAUUUUUUGGUUGCUGUGCAAGAAUUGGGGAUUCCUUUGUUUGAGGCAUCUGAUCUGGAGCAGGGAGGAAAAUCAUCAAGGAUUGUGAAUUGUGUUUUGGGACUUAAAUCCUACAGUGAUUGGAAGCAAGAAGGUGGUACUGGAGCCUGGAAAUUUGGUGGAAAUAUAAAAUCAAAUGCAUCAGUGAAACAGAUUGUGCGGAAAAAUUCUGAGCCAUUCACAAAUUCUUUGUCAAGGAAUAUGUACGAGAAACCUAUAAAUGGUGCACGCAUCGAACCUGAAGAUAACAAAGCGUCCAGCUCUUCCUUGAGCAUGCUUGUUCAUGCAAUUCUAACUGAUAAGAAGCCAGAAGAGGUUCCUAAUCUUGUGGAGUCGGUAUUAAAGAAGGUUGUUCAGGAAUUUGAGCAUCGCGUUGCAAGCAAAAUUGAACUGUGUAAAGAAACUACGGAUGAUUCAACUGGUUCUCGUGGUGACAAAUCCCUCGUGAGACAUACUUCUGAUUGUGCAAAGGUUGACCAGAGAAACGUGAUCCUAGAGAAGAAAGUGGACUCCUUCCCGGAUGAAGAACUUGAAAGAAGAUACGCGAAACAAUACACCAUUGUUGACCAACAACAGAGAGACAUUAAGAACCUCAAGCAAACUCUUUUGACUACCAAAGCGGGUAUGCAGUUCAUGCAGAAGAAGUUUCACGAGGAAAUGUAUAAUAUUGGCAUUCACAUAAAUGGCCUAGCUCAUGCAGCUUCAGGUUAUCAUAGAGUUCUUGAAGAAAAUCGCAAGCUCUAUAAUCAAGUUCAGGACCUUAAAGGUAGCAUAAGGGUUUACUGUCGAGUAAGACCCUUUUUGCCUGGGCAAUCUAAUUGUGCUAGUUCUGUGGAUCACAUAGAAGAUGGUAGCAUUACAAUCAGUAUUCCAUCAAAGAAUGGCAGAGGGCGAAAGUCUUUCAACUUCAAUAAAGUAUUUAGAUCUUCCGCAACUCAAGGCGAGGUGUUUUCUGAUACACAGCCACUGAUAAGAUCAGUUCUUGAUGGCUAUAAUGUCUGCAUUUUUGCUUAUGGCCAAACAGGAUCAGGGAAAACCUACACAAUGACGGGACCUAAGAAUCUCACAGAACAAAGUCAAGGAGUUAACUACAGGGCUUUAGGUGAUCUAUUCCUUAUCGCAGAACAAAGAAAGGAUACAAUUCACUAUGAUGUUUCUGUACAAAUGAUCGAGAUAUACAAUGAGCAAGUUAGGGAUCUCCUAGUUUCUGAUGGUGUAAACAAAAGGUUAGAAAUCCGUAAUGCUUCUCAAGGACUAACUGUACCAGAUGCCAGCUUGGUUCGUGUAAAUUCAACUUGUGAUGUUAUUGAUCUGAUGAAUCUAGGGCAAAAGAAUCGUUCAGUGGGUGCAACAGCACUCAACGACCGCAGCAGCCGCUCCCACAGUUGCCUAACUGUUCAUGUUCAGGGAAGAGACCUGGCUUCUGGAGCUAUUCUCCGUGGUUGUAUGCAUUUGGUUGAUCUUGCAGGAAGUGAGAGAGUGAACAAAUCUGAAGUAACAGGAGACAGACUUAAAGAGGCUCAGCACAUUAACAAGUCUCUUUCAGCUUUGGGUGAUGUUAUCUCUGCUCUUGCCCAAAAGAAUGCACAUGUCCCAUACCGUAACAGCAAACUUACACAGCUUCUGCAAGACUCACUAGGAGGGCAAGCCAAAACUUUGAUGUUUGUUCACAUAAGCCCUGAACCUGAAGCAGUAGGAGAAACAAUUAGCACACUAAAAUUUGCAGAACGUGUUUCUACUGUUGAACUAGGCGCUGCACGAGUAAAUAAAGACUCUACAGAUGUCAAAGAGCUCAAAGAACAGAUUGCAACUCUGAAAGCAGCCCUAGAAAAAAAAGAAGAGGAGUCAGUCCUCAUGCAGCAUAAGGUAAUGAGCAGUCCAUGUGGCAUGCCGCCAUCACCCAUUCAAUCUACCCCACAGAAAAGAGAAGCUCUAGCCGAUUCAAAUGUCCAGAGGAGACCAAUGGACGAUGUAGGCAACAUAGAGAUAUCUAGUAAUUCAGCAUUCAGACAAAAGAGGCCAAGCUAUGAUGUUGAUGAAUUACUAGUAAAUUCCCCCCCCUGGCCACCAAUCAACAGUCCUUGUGAAAACUACGAGGGGUAUGAUAAAGACACGGGCACAGGUGAGUGGGUAGACAAAGUCAUGGUGAACAAACAGGACUCUAUCCAUGGAGCAGGGAAGCCCUUUGGAUAUUGGGAAUCUGAAAAUGGCAUGUCUGAUGCGUUUGCUCAGAAAUAUCUUUCAGAAUCAUCUAAAUUAUGCCAAGAAAAAUCAAAUAAUCUUUUCCCAUUGAGUGAACACUUCAACAUCACUCCUGCUGAUGAUCUGGAAGAAUUUGACGCCACAACCAGUGAUUCGUCUGAGCCAGAUUUGCUUUGGCAAUUCAACAACUCCAAGCUAAACAGUUUCACCAAUGGUAAUGAGUCGAAGAUCCAGAGAUCAAAUGCAAAGCAUGCGAGGAGUUCAGAAACAAGGAACAUGCCUUACAAAGUAGGGCCUUCACCAUCACGAAAGACUAAUGGAAUUGGCCACACACCUCAGCGGAAUGGGAGGCACGCCAUGCCAACUGAAAUCAAGCGAAAAGCAGGAAACAGGAAGUAGUAGGGGGUGUUACCAAGCUGUUUCCAAUUCUUUUUAUUUCCCCCCCCUCCUCCUUGCUGUUAUCAUUUUGGGAAGUGUAUGAGAGAUUUGUUUUUGCUUUUACUAACAGAGUCUCUCGCUUCCCCCGCCUAUUUGAUUUUUCUCUUCAAAUGUGUAAUUUGAUUUAUCUGAAAGAAGCAAUAAUUCUGUUGCGUGUAAUCUUUAUAUCAUUAGAUUGGUAGAGUUCAUCUUCUUUUGGUAGAGAGCAGUGUGAAGAUCUUCAAAGGUUGUACUUCCUUUCCAUAUGACAAUUUAUGGCACAGUUGAGUAUUUGACAUGUAUAUUUUUGCACAUAUUCAAUUUAGUUUGGUUGUGCUUUGUAGUAAAAAAAUGAAGUUGAUAAUGAAACCAUUAAUUUUCUCUGAUUCUUACUUUU